AUGAAAAAUUAUAACGGAACUGUCUGGGGGAAGAACGGACCACUUGUUGUUACGAAUGUGGCUCGAAGUUUGUGCGAGUUUCCUGAAAAAACUAUUGAAAAGCCUUUCGAAUGUUCAGACAUCACAGUUCUGACACAACAAAAUUGUUACGAGAUUGAGUUUAUGGAUUAUAAACUUUUGUUUUCAGAAGACGUUGAAGUUAUGAGAAAUACUCUUGAGAGGCUUAAACCGUCGUAUUUUGUUCAUUCUUAUCAUAGUUUAACUAAUGGAAUUCCUUUGAAAGCUGAUUCAAAAACAGCUUUUAAUUUACAUUUAGGAAAAUUUUGUUUUUUGAAAGUUUGUGGUAAGGAAAAGAGGGAAACACAUUUUUUUAAUAAAGUUAUCGAUUUCCUUUUCCCUUAUUUGGGAAAAGUGGAAGUUUAUAUUUAUGAAGAACAUUAA